UCCCUAAUCCUUGAGAAAAGGAAAACACGCGCGCACCAUCUUCCAUCUCCGUCGACAAUUCCUCCAGCCGGCCGUCAACUCACGUCUGCUCUCCUUCACCUCUGUCGCUAGUCUGCCACUCAGUUUUGUUCUCCUUUCUCUACAAAAAAGAAAAAAAACUCAUCUUCAUGCCCAUCCUCCCAACAUCAAAAUUCCUGAAAUAAAAGAUUAGAUUCACUCCAUAUUAUAUCAAAAUUGAUUAAAUUGGACGUUAUUUGUCCUAAGUUUGAGACUGUUUUCUCUUCGCGCUACCAGGACUGUUGCCGGCAUCUCUCUCAAGCAGAAUCCAACUCUGCAAUCACAAAAUCACAAUAUCAAGACUCUACCUUUUUUUCUCCUAAACCCUGCGAAAAUAUGUUUGUACAGUUUCAGUAUUCUGACGCCAGCUGCCUGCGCAUAUUCAGUUCCACAAAAACCACUCCGCCAAGCGUCGGCAUCUCCGUUACUCCACCCUCCCACAAACCCAGCGACGCAGUUCGGUUGUUCAAGAAAAAUGGAUUUUUCAAAGGCCCUCGUGAAAGAAUCGAGAGAAAAGGAGGUGGCUUUAAUGGCAGAAAUGGGAAUCCUCAGAAAGAAGAAGAGAUUUUCGGCAAUUCAAAUAGGGUCAAUGGUGUGGAGGAGGAGGAAUUGCCUGCUCGUAAUAGGGUUUUUAGGAAAGAAAAGGUGAAUUGCAGUGAAGGGAUUAGGCGGGAAAAUGUGGUUGAGGGGAUGCAGACCAAGUGUUCGACGAAAUGGGGAAGGUACGGCGGCAGUAUUCCCGCAAUGUUGGAUGCUUUGGAGAGGAUAAGCGACUUGGACGAGGCGUUGAAGGCGUGGGAGGCGACGCUUACGAACAAGGAGAGGAGCAUAUUGCUGAAGGAGCAGUCGGGGUGGGAGAGGGCGAUGGAGAUUUUUGAGUGGUUCAAAAGGAAAGGCUGCUACGAAGUGAAUGUCAUCCACUACAACAUAAUGCUUCGCCUUCUAGGCAAGGCGCGGCAGUGGAGCGAGGUUGAGAGGCUGUGGGAUGAGAUGGCGAAGAGCGGGGUUGAUCCCAUCAACUCCACCUAUGGGACUCUCAUUGAUGUGUACUGCAAAGGGGGGCGUAGGGACGUCGCAAUGAGGUGGUUGGAGCUCAUGAAAAAGCGUAGAAUGGAGCCGGAUGAGGUGACCCUGGGGAUUGUGGUGCAAAUGUAUAAGAAAGCAGGGGAUUUCGCGGCUGCUGAGGAUUUCUUCAAGAAGUGGUCACGGGGAAACUCUUCGAUUGAGGGGCGUAAAUGGAAGAGGAAAACGGGUGCUAAUGUUGGUUCUUACACGUACAAUACGUUGAUUGAUACGUAUGGGAAAGCCGGGAAACUAAAGGAAGCAAGUAAGACGUUCGAGGAGAUGGUGCAGAAAGGUUUAUCUCCUAACACAGUGACUUUUAACACUAUGAUUCACAUGUAUGGUAACAAUGGGCAGCUUGAUGAGGUUGCUUCCCUGAUGGGUAGAAUGGAGAGUGCUAAAUGUUGCCCCGAUACACGAACCUAUAAUAUUCUCAUAUCACUUCAUGCUAAGCACAAUGACAUAGAAUCUGCAGCAAGAUACUGGAAGAAGAUGAAGGCAGCAUCUCUUGAGCCCGAUCCUGUCAGCUAUCGUACUCUCUUGUAUGCCUAUGCAAUUAGGCAUAUGGUUAACGAGGCAGAGGAGCUGGUCUUAGAGAUGGAUGAGAGAGGAUUGGAGAUUGAUGAGUUUACUCAGUCAUCCUUGACAAGAAUGUAUAUAGAAGCAGGCUUGCUUGACGAGUCGUGGUCGUGGUUUCAGAGGUUUCACCGUGGAGGAGGGAUGACUUCCGAGUGCUAUUCUGCAAACAUUGAUGCUUAUGGCCAAAGAGGGUAUGUUUCACUAGCUGAGAAAGUGUUUGAUUGCUGUGUGCAGGUUCAAAAACUGACUGUUCUCGAGUUUAAUGUGAUGAUCAAAGCAUAUGGUAUUGGGGGGAAACUCGAGCAGGCUUGCUCCUUGUUUGAUAGCAUGGGGAAACAUGGGUUGGUUGCUGAUUUAUGUGGAUAUAAUUCUCUUGUGCAAAUGCUUGCUAGUGCGGAUAUGCCAGAAACUGCGAUAGUCUAUCUUAGGAGAAUGCAGGAGGCAGGGCUUGUGAUUGAUUGUGUCCCGUAUUGUGCAGUCAUCUCUAGCUAUGCAAAGUUAGGCCGUGUAGACAUGGCAGUUGAGUUGUACGAGGAGAUGAUUUCUCAUGACGUGAAGCCUGAUAUAAUCGUUUAUGGAGUCCUUAUAAAUGCAUUUGCAGACACUGGGAGUGUGGAUGAGGCGACAUACUAUGUCCGUACCAUGGCAAACCAAGGUUUGUCUAUGAAUCCGGUCAUAUGCAAGUCAUUAAUCAAGCUGUACACGAAGGUGGGAUACUUGAGAGAAGCGGAGGAGAUGUGCAGGACCCUUCAGUCGCUGGAGGCGGGUGGGCUUGAUGUCUACUCCUUGAAAUGCAUGAUUGACCUCUACAGUGAGCGUUCGAUGGUGGUAGAGGCGGAGAAGAUAUUCAAGAGGUUGGAGCAAAUUGGAGAGGCGAAUGAGUUCACACAUGCUAUGAUGUUGUCCAUGUAUAAAAGGAACGGGAGAUUCGUGGAAGCUUUUUGGAUUGCAAGAAAGAUGAGAGAAUUAGGGCUCAUGACAGAGCUGCUUACUUAUAAUCUUGUGCUUGGAUUCUAUGCUUCUGAUGGAAGGUACAAGGAGGCUGUAGCUACCUUCCGCGAGAUGCUAGAGUCUCGUGUCAUGCCCGAUGACUCCACGUUCAAGUCGCUCGGGAUCAUUCUCUUGAAAUGUGGAGUUCCAAAGAGCGCUCUGGAAAAGCUCGAGCAGACAAGGAAGAGGGAUGCUCUGGAUGGUAUGCAGACUUGGGCUGCGACUCUUUCCUCCGUCGUUAACAUGGAUGAUGAUGAUUUUAGCGAUGAAGAAGUUUAAUUUGUGCUUGCUAGAGUAAACAAUUGUAGCAUAUAUCCAGGCCAUAAAAAGCAUUGAGAUCACACAAGGCGACGGAGGUGCUGGGAGCAUCAAGCAGAUCAACUUCGCUGAAGGUAGCCCUCUCAAGUGUGUGAAAUACCGUGUGGACGAACUGGACGAGAAGACACUUACUUAUUGCUACA